GCAGUUAUUUCCGAUCCGGUGGCCAGUCGUAACGUGGUCUCGACGAGCUCCGACGACGUUGUCGCUGAUAGCUGUGCCCAGUACAUUUGAGAGGUGUGUCUGCUUUUUCGUUUCUUGACAAAAUGGCUCUACUGCGACUUGUUGCUGCCGAGUGCCGCAAUGUAUUGCAACGUGGCUACAGUACGGCUUCCGCGCCAACGACGAAGAUGUUCAUCGACGGCAAGUUCGUCGAAUCGAAGACGAACGACUGGAUUGACCUGCACGAUCCGGCCACGAACGAGUUGGUGACACGUGUGCCAAAAUGCACUCAGGAUGAAAUGCAAACCGCCGUCGAGUCGUCCAAGAAUGCGUUCAAGACCUGGCGCCAGACGUCCAUUCUGAGCAGACAGCAGGUGAUGUUCAAACUGCAGCACAUUAUCCGCAACAACAUGUCGGAGCUGGCCAAGAAUAUAACCAAGGAGCAGGGCAAAACGUUGGUCGAUGCCGAGGGUGACGUUUUGCGUGGACUACAGGUGGUGGAGCAUUGCUGCAGCAUCACGUCGCUACAAAUGGGAGAAACGGUAAACAAUAUUGCUAAGGAUAUGGACACCUACUCGUACACGCUGCCGAUCGGUGUCACCGCUGGUAUCGCUCCGUUCAACUUCCCCGCCAUGAUCCCGCUGUGGAUGUUCCCGGUGGCGAUUACGUGCGGAAAUACGAGCAUUAUUAAGCCCUCGGAACGCGUCCCUGGCGCCACGAUGCUGCUGAUGGAGAUGCUCAACGAGGCAGGCUGCCCGCCGGGUGUCGUGAACGUCAUCCACGGUGCACACGAUUCGGUCAACUUCAUCUGCGACAAUCCAGACAUUCGGGCUGUGUCCUUCGUCGGUUCCGAUCAGGCGGGAAGAUACAUUUACGAGCGUGCAGGACGCAACGGCAAGCGUGUGCAGUGUAAUAUGGGCGCGAAAAACCACGGUGUCAUCAUGGCCGACGCAAACAAGGAGAACACGCUGAAUCAGCUGGCUGGUGCCGCGUUCGGUGCGGCCGGACAACGUUGUAUGGCUCUGUCGACGGCCGUGUUCGUUGGUGAUGCGAAGAACUGGAUUCCCGACCUUGUGGAGCGCGCGCAAAAGCUGAAAGUCAAUGCUGGCCAUGUGCCCGGAACCGACGUUGGACCAGUCAUCUCUCCCCAGUCGAAGAAGCGCAUCCAUGAGCUGGUCGAAUCGGGCACAAAGGAGGGCGCCAAACUCGUGCUCGAUGGGCGCAACGUUAAGGUGGACAGCUUCGAGAAGGGUAACUUUGUCGGACCGACCAUCAUCAGCGACGUGAAGCCGAGCAUGAAGUGCUACACGGAAGAAAUCUUCGGCCCGGUGCUGGUUUGCCUGUCCGUUGACACGAUUGACGAAGCGAUCCAGCUGAUCAACGACAACCCGUACGGUAACGGAACGGCCAUCUUCACAACCAACGGUGCCACCGCUCGUAAGUUCGUGCACGAGAUCGACGUCGGACAGGUCGGUGUUAACGUGCCGAUCCCGGUGCCGCUGCCAAUGUUCUCGUUCACCGGUAGCCGCGGUAGCUUCCUUGGUGAUUGCCACUUCUACGGCAAGCAGGGCAUCAAGUUCUACACUCAGACGAAAACGGUGACGCAGCUGUGGCGCGAAGGCGAUGUGAGCCACACUAAGGCUGCCGUUGCUAUGCCAACGAUGAAGUAGGAAAACACGUGUUUUCCUGUGCCAUUAUCAUACACAACGUAACACACACACACACCAACCGAUAGCGACAGCGAUAACGUGGGUCUUCCAGAUAAAGUGCAUUUAAAACGGUUCGUUUUUAUAAAACAAAUCGAAAUAGCGAAAUAAAGAUGUCUCUAAUGCUUUGCUCGAAGCGGCAUUGUCAUG